UUUCCCUCAGAUUACACAGACCCACAAAGAAUUUGAAAACCAAAUCCAAUUUUUAUAAACUAUUAUCUAUUGGGUGACAUACCAGUGUGCAAUCACAGCAAAAGUAUUUGUGACCUGUUGCCAAAAGAAAAGGGCAACCAGUGAAAAACAAACAUCAUUGUAAAUACAACCCAGAUUAGUUUAUUUUCCCUUUUGUUUUUAUUGUAACUAGUUAAGCAUCGUUACAACACUGUAUAUAGACAUAUGACAUUUGAAAUGUCUUUAUUCUUUUGGAACUUGUGUGAUUGCAACAUUUACUGUUCACUUUUUAUUGUUUAUUUCACUUUUGUUUAUCCAUUUCACUUGCUUUGGCAAUGUAAACAUGUUUCCCAUGCCAAUAAAGCCCAUUGAAUUGAAUAGUGUCCCAUCCUCCCAGCCUGGUGUAGGAUCAGAUGGGGUCAAGUAGCUAGUGGAAUGGUGAUGAGGUUUUUUAAUGGGUGUUGGAUUAGUAUGUCAAUUUUUCAACGAUGUGUAAUGAACUCUCACUCCAAAACAGUAGUUGGAAACACGGAGCUAGAUAAGAGGAAUACAUGAAUAGAGGAGACCGUGACCAACGGACGUAAUAUUUUGGGGAGAGCUUUUGCAGAGAUGGGGAUGAUGGUUGGAAGAGCGCACUUGUUUGAAAUUGAAAAGCGUUUCGGUAGAUUUUGAUGAAGAAUAACAUCAAGACGAAGCAGCUGCUUUAUAAGUGCGAUGCACUGUUGAGCGCUGAUUGUACGGAGAUUGUGACAGCCGGUUUUAUGACACCCCUUUAGAAAGCUAGAACAAGAUGUAUGUCAGGAGCAGUGCAGUAUUAUCACAAGGAGACGUUUACUUACAAUAUGGAGGAGGAAUGGAGGGGAAAAAGAGAGGCAGAGGUCUGAGAGAGGAAGGAAGAUGGUGAGCUUGAGUCGGUUAAAAAUGGCGGAAAUAAGGGAGAUGGUUUGUUCAAGAAGAAUGGAAGAAAGUGUAAGCAGAGUGAGCUGAAGAGAAUGCGGGUUGAAUAUCGGAGGUGGUAGGUGUGGUGAAGUUCUCGGAGUCUGUGGCUUGCACAGAGGGUCAGGAUAAAGAUGAGUCUGACAGUAGGAGUGAAGUUUUUGGAAAAAGUGGACCCUUGCCUUUUGGCUGAUCCAUUUGUGGGUUCAGGGUGAGUGAAAACAGAGUUGGGUACUGUGGAGUCACUGAGGGUAACCAGACGUGGUCUUGUGAUAAUUGUUUGUGUUUCUACUGGUCAGAGGGAGAAGGCGCUUGGAUUUAAAUGAAUUGGGGCAAGAAAUGUGAAUUUUUUCACUCAAGAAAAAGGUGCCAAUGAAAGGAGUGAUUACUGGGGUAGUAGUAACUGUAAAAGUUGACCAACUGAAGGGGAAGAUAAGCGGUGUUUGUGAUGCUCGUCGUUUGGUGAGACGCAUACAGGGUGGUGAGAGUGGGGAAACAGAAGAGUUAUUGUGUGUUUGAAGUUGAGUCUUUGCCCGACAAAGUGAUGUAAGGAUAUAUAAGUUAUCCUGUAUGAGCUUUUGUGCCAAAUACAUUACGUUGUUACAUGUGUCAAGCUUAUGGGCAUGUGGCAGCAGUGUGUAGGAGGGAGGUUCCUAAGUGUGAGAAGUGUGCUGAAGGGCAUGUGACAAAGGAAUGUGUAGCAUUGGGGAAAGUAGUGGUAUGUGUUAAUUGUAGGGUUGCCCAUGGGGCUGGAGAUCAGAAAUGUCCCAUGCGAGAGACUCAGGUUGAGGUUUCCAGGGUUAGAGUAGUGCAGAAGUUGUCAUAUGCUGAGGCAGUGAAGAAAAUAGAGGAAGGUAGGUCAAAGGGGAGGGAUCCUGAGAGAAGUGGCGAGAGUAGUAGAUCUGUACCAGUACAGAGGGGUAGGCCAAUAAGGGAUAUAUGUUUCAGUAAGAUUAGAUUUUUUAGCAAAGGUUAUCAACUGUACAGCAGGGAUGGAACAUAAAUCGCAGAAAAUUGAGUUUGUUGUGGCAGCUGCAGAGAGGUAUUUGGGUGUGCGAGACUUGACAUCAGAAGAGUUUUUGGGUGUGUUGAGUGGUGAUGUUCCAUCCUUUCAGAUUGUUGGCAUGAGGUAGUAAUUAGAUUUGAGUGGUGUUUAUUAUUAUUAUUAUUUGUUUUGUGAUUUUAGUGUUAAAUGGUAGGGUAUUUGUAAAAACAAUUUCAAGCAAAGUAUAAUGGAGUUGUACUCCAGUCUAGUAGGUUGCAGUAACACAACAUAUAGAGAGCCAACCGCCGUUAAACCUCGUCGAAGGGGAGGCCGUGAAUGGCCACAGACUCCAGUACAGUAGGUGGCGUUGUAUGCACCUCACGGUUGCGAUCCGCCAAUAAUUUAUAUUCUGUGCGUAAACGGAAGUGAGCGGUGACCAAGAAUAAUUUCCACGUUACCAUUUUUGUUGUUAUUUAGACGUUUAUUAACACUCUGGAACUCAAAAUAUGAUACAUUUAACUGUACAGCAUCACACGUUUACAUCGGGUAGUCUUUAAUUCACGUUGGAGACAGGACUUGGUUGACCUUUGUUGUCUAGGUAACGUUAUCUAGAUGCUAAUGUUAGCUAACAAUGGCGACCUGUAUGGUUUUUCACACUCAAAUAGCCUCCAUCAUGGAGGUGCUGGCGAAUGCAGCCGUGGCAGAUAUCUGUAAACUCGUAGACGACGACUAUGCAGUGUUUCGUUUGGAAAUCACUCAAAGCCAGAAAGAAAACAGGGCAUUGCGGAGGAAACUACAGCUGCUGGAACUGAAGGUGGCACGGGAGCGCGUCCUCGCCAGUCGUCCCAGUAGUGUCAAGAUCCUCGACAGACACAGAGGAAUGGCAAGAGGUGAAGGACAUCAAACUGGAGGCCACAGGAGCUUUGUGAAGCCAGCAGGAAGCAAUACAUGGAGAGAUGACCAACCAAUCACUGUUGAUGAGGGGAGUGGAACCUCAACCCAGCACGUUAUUGUGAUAGAGUCUGUAGAUGCAGAGGCUGCAGGGCCUGGUGUGAAGCUGGAGAGGUCUGAAGGAGAGGACCCAGGUCAAAGCAGAGACAUCCAGACUGGAGUGCUCCCUGUAGCUACAGAGGACCCCACCACCAUGCCGCCCAGAACCCGACGCAGCAUCACAGCGGUCAAUAGAACACCGACCGCUGUCCUCAAGUCCGAGACAGACACUGAGACCAUAACUGUAACACAAAGGCUUUUACAAACAGGAUCUGACCAUAGAUCAGAUCCAGAGAGACUGGGGAUGGGGCCACUGGGCUGUCCUCCUGCUCCUGGCUCAGAGUACUUACCAGUAUUUCACCAGAGCCAGAAGACUGUUAAUUCCUGUGGAAAUACUGAUGGUGAUGCGUUAGACACUGGCGGUGAUGAUCUGUCUUGUUUUUACACGACAGAGAUGGACCCUGCCAACAUAUCCUUGGGUUUAGAGACACAGACUGAUCUUUCUAGAGGGGACUGGAACCGAUACAGUAGUAGUGUAUACUCUGAAGGGUGCCUAGAUAAGAAAGGGGAGGUUAUAGCGGUAGAGGAGGUGAAAGUGGAGGGCGAUGCUCCUCUUACAUGGAAUGCAGAUGAGACUCACUUAGGAGAAGGACACUCACAAGGCAGAGAUUUCUUAGAUUACAGGGAAAGCUUAGAGACAAAUCCAAAUGUCUCGAGCAACUCCCCUUUACACACGCUCAGUGAUCGUGCCCCAGUGACCACGUCGAAGGGGCCUUCCGAUUCACACGGCAUCCUUUUCAAUCAGGUAUUGAACUCAAACAACAGGGCUACAGCCCAGGCUCACGGAAGGGGAGCAACAUCAGGCAGUAGUAAAGAGAAACGGUUCCUCUGCAUGUUCUGUAACAAAGGUUUCAGCUGCCUCCAGAAGGUGGAGAUCCACCAGAGGGUCCACACAGGUGUGAAACCCUUCAACUGUACCCAAUGUGAUAUGCGCUUUGCUGAGGCUGGCAGCCUGAAGAGGCACCAGAGGGUCCACACGGGGGAGAAACCCUACAGCUGUACCCAGUGUCACAUGCGCUUCACCCAGGCUGGCAGCCUGAAGAGGCACCUGAAGGUCCACAUGGGAGAAAGGCUGUUCGCCUGAGGUUUUCAGAGAGGAGCUACCUCAGGAUACCCUAGCAGAAAAACUAUUCCACUUCCAUAGCUUAUUACGUUUAGAUCAAACCCUGCAUUAAAGACAAAGAUUAAUUUUCAUUGUAGUGAGCAGAAAAGAUCCACAGAUGCAUUUCGAAUAACGAGAGUAAAAGAUUUCAUUGUUGAAUAUUCCUGGGAAGAAUAUUGUAUCCAGACAUUGUGUGAUGUACACUUGUGUACAAAACAUCAAGAACACAUUGCUAUUAUCGAGUUGCACCCCCCCUUUUGCCCUCAAAACAACCUCAAUUAGUCGGGGGAUGCUGGCCCAUGCUGACUCUAAUGCUUCCGACAGUUAUCAAGUUGGCUGUAUGUCCUUUAGGUGGUGGACCAUAAUUGAUACACACACGGAUAACUGUUGAGCGUGGAAAACGCAGCAGCGUUGCAGUUCUUGACACAAACCGGUGCGCCUGGCACCUACUACCAUACCUCCUUCAAUGGCACUUACAUAUUUUGUCUCUCAUUCACCCUCUGAAUGGCACACAUACACAAUCCAUUUCUCAAUUGUCUCCAGGCUUAAAAAUCCUUCUUUAACCUGUCUCCUCCCCUUCAUAUACACUGAUUGAAGUGGAUUUAACAGCUAACAUCAAUAAGACAUAGCUUUCACUUGGUCACUUUGUCAUGGAAUGAGCAGGUGUUCUUAAUGUUUUGUACACUCAGUGUAUAAAGAACAUAAGCCUAAAAAGUCUACUUAUUGUAUGUGUACUGUGUAGGCUAAAUUAUGUUCACAUAUGCCUAUUACAUUACAUCCAUUGAACUGCUUUCCCAAGACACUUUUAAUGAAUACAAUUUAAGUUCAUGCAGAUUUUUAGUUGAGACCUGUAUAUGUGGUUUUAAUAUGGUGUAUUUAACACUUAUGUUUAAUGAACAUAAAAUUAUAUUUUUCUAAGGCGA